AUGGCUCUCCUUGACCAUCACCCAAUCAGCUCUCUGUCCUCUCCCACCAAUCUUCUCUGCCAUCGGCCUCUCUCAUCGCCUGGCCCUCCUUCCUCUCCACCGUUCUUGAACCUUGAGGAUGUCGGCGGUGCACUCUGUCGCUGUUUCUUCUUCGGCCGUCUCCAGAUGCCCCAAGAACCAUCACUCUCUCCCAGCAUCAAUGUCUCUCCCUACAACUGCUCGCCCAAUUUUUCGUUCUGCUUUCAGUGGUGUAUCUUUGCAUCUUCCUCCUCCAAAAGUGAUUCCAAGACGAAAUUCGUAUGUCUCCAAGGUGACUGUGAUGAUGGCCAAGCCAGCGAUUCAGUUCAUCCAAGGAACUGAUGAACAGACAGUACCAGAUGUGAGACUAACCAAAUCGAGAGACGGUACGAAUGGUGUCGCAAUAUUUACCUUCGAUCAACCCUCUGUCUUUGACUCAUCAAGCGAGCUGGGUGACAUCACUGGAUUCUACAUGAUCGAUGAGGAAGGUGUGCUUCAGUCGGUUGAUGUGAGUGCCAAGUUCAUCAAUGGAAAGCCUGCAAGAAUAGAAGCCAAGUAUGUGAUGCGGAGUCUGCGAGACUGGGACAGAUUCAUGAGGUUCAUGGAGAGGUACUCUCAAGCAAAUGGUUUACAGUUUGUGAAAAAAUGAGGUGGCCUCCAUCCUCCAUUUUUCAUAAAUCCAACUGGUAAUAUGUCUAAUUAUAUUAUUCAAAAAUGUAAAUUUUUGUUCAAUGUUGCUUAUAUUCAAUUGAAAGAUGUACCUCAACAUAUGAGAAUGAUUAGAAAGUCCAUCUCAAAUGAAGUUUAUUUGAA